UUAUGGCGCCUGGAGAUAAUAUUGAAAUCCGCAACGCUAUUGAAAAUAAGGCUACUAUCACUUAUAUCAGUAAAGGCAAAGCCGUUGACAAUAUGAACCAAAAUCGAGAAUUAGAAAUAGCCUUUGAACUGGAAACAUUGGAAGAGUAUAUUGGCAAAACAGAGCAUUAUUCGAAUUGGGAUAGACGCCGUAAAGAAGCCACCGCUCGGGUUUUUAUGAAGGCAGGCAGUGGUCAAGCCCAAAUCCGCACCAAAGACGGAAAAGAAAAAGGUUUCCCAGAUUAUUUUUUCAUGGAGCCUUCCUUAUGCGAAGACAUUUAUCAACCCCUUACUUUAUUUAAUAAAGUAAAAGAUUAUGAUUUAAUAGUGCGAGUCAAAGGCGGAGGUUUCCAUAGUCAAGCCGAAGCCAUUAGAUUGGGAGUAGCCCGGGCUUUAUUAAAAGUUUCCGCCGAAUAUAGAACUACUCUUAAAAGUUUUUCUUUGUUGACCCGCGAUGCUCGUCGCGUAGAAAGAAAAAAAGCCAAAUUUCUCCAAGAUUUAAUUAUUGAAGUAAGGAUAGAAAAAUCCAGGCUAGAAAGAUAUCGAGAAAGAGAAAAAAGACGCCGCGAAGAGUGUGAUAUAGAAAUUGAAUUGCUCAGCAAAGACUUAGAAACCAACCAAAAAAUUAUUCGUCAACUGGAAGAAGAUUACCAAGCCGAAUUAAAAAAAAUAUUAGAGUUAGCUGAAAGCGCGGGGAAAAUCCCAAAUAUUAAGCAUCGUAAGAGCAGACAAGACCAAGCGCGGGGGAAAAACUUUCUUAAAUUACGGAAAGAAAUCGAAAUAAUUAUCCAAGAGGAAGGGCAAAUCACCGAAAAAAAAUUAAAAGGAUUGGGGGGCUUGCCAGUGGGUAGUUCCGGCCAAAUCUUAUUGCUUUUGAGUGGGGGAAUAGACUCCCCCGUGGCCGCUUACCAAUUAAUGAAAAGAGGCUUAGAAGUUAAUUAUUGCCAUUUUUAUUCCCAACAAGAAGGUCAGGAAAAAAUAACUGCUCUGGGAGAGAAAUUACAAGCUUAUAAUAGCUAUUCUAAUAACAUUUAUUUAAUUGAUACCCAACCAUUUUUGGCCGAAAUUAGACAUAUUAGUCAAGAAAAAUACCGCUUAAUUAUUUUAAAAAGAAUGUUUAUCCGCACCGCUUGCUGGUUAGCCCAAAAAUUAAAAAUUGACGCCUUAGCCACCGGUGAUUCCUUAGCCCAAGUGGCUAGUCAAACCUUAGCCAGUUUAGCCGUUAUUCAACAAGUCAGUUCUCUAAUUAUAUUACAGCCCCUCAUUAGUUGGGAUAAAAAAGAAAUAAUUACCCAAGCCCAAAAAAUAGGAACUUAUGAACUUUCUCUCCGCCAUUAUCAAGACUGCUGUUCGCUUUUUGAACCCCAACAUCCGAUAACCAAGCCUCGCUCCGAG